AUGGAAUCAUUUCAUGCUCUGGCUUUAACAGCGGGAAUUCUAGUUGCUUUCGUAUUACUGGUUUUAAUUGCAACUUACCGUAAUUCCUUCAAGGUAGAGAUUCCUCCUGAUGUUGACCAGCCAGCAAAGCUUCGCUUAUAUCACUUCAUGUAUAUUCUGAUAGGAAUUCUGGCAAAGAACUUAGAAAGUCUGGGUAUCACUGAGGAGCACACACUUCUAAGGUUGAUUGCUGAUGGACUGCCGGCAAGCAGGGAUUCAAAGCUCUUCAUAAAGGAUCUGCAUUUUGAUGAGGUGCCAGUGAGGAUUUACCUGCCAAGGGUACCAUCUGCAAACAAACGGAGAGGCGUCCUCGUCUUCCAUGGAGGAUGUGGGAUAUUUGGAAGCAUCAGAAGUCAUGAAAGAAUAUGCCGGCACAUAGCCAGAAAAUCUGAUUCAGUGGUUGUGUCUGUUGGGUAUCGUUUAUCUCCUGACCAUAAGUAUCCAGCCCAAACUCUGGACUGUCUCGCUGCUACUGUAUACUUUUUGAAGACCGCAGAAAACUAUGGGGUGGAUCCUGAUCGGAUUAUCAUUUGUGGGGAUAGUGCAGGGGGCACUUUUACUGCUAGUGUUUGCCAAGAACUGGCAAAUAGAAGAGAUAUCCCAAAGAUACGUGCCCAGGUACUGAUCUAUCCACUUCUCCAAGCACUGAACUUUAAUCUGCCAUCUCACCAGAAAAAUGCUUUUAUUGCCUUCUUGUCCCAGGAACGUGCAGUCUAUUUCGUUCUGAAGUACCUGAACAAGGAUUGCUCUAUGAAGGAAGCUAUUUUGGCCGGCUCUCAUGUUCCUGAGAGUAUACAUUUAAAAUACAGGAAAUGGAUAAAUCCAGAUCUUAUCCCAGAGGUAUUUAGACUAGACUAUAAGCCACCAUUACCCACUUCAUUUUUACCUCAAGUUCAUGAAGAAACAAAAGAACUGUUUGAGACAAGAUUUUCCCCACUGUUAGCAGAAGAUGCUGUUGUUUGCUGCCUACCUGAUACUUGUAUAAUUACCUGUGAGCAUGAUGUGCUCAGAGAUGAUGGGUUGUUGUACAAGAAGCGUUUAGAGGACAACAAUAUAAAAGUGACCUGGCACCACAUACAAGAAGGCUUCCACUGUGCACUGGGAUUUUUUGGUUAUGGUAUUUUCUCUUUUCCAUCAUCAAGUAAAAUUGUGAAUCACACUGUAAACUUUAUAAAAGGUUAUUAA